GUUUGAAUGAUCUGUGGUCAGUUUGUUCAGUAAGAUAACAUCUGAUCAGUCUGCUGUCUUUUGCCACUUCAACAUGAAGCCUUGGGCUUUAGGCUUCAUCGUUCUAGUAGCAGGUGUUCUAGAGAUUAUUGCAGAUGGUGAGUCUGUGUAUCAGAACAGCAGUACAUUGGAAGAACCAGAGCCUAUUAGGCUUCUGUACGGAGAAAGUCAUGGCAUAGCGUGGACAGAUGUUACUACCAGAAAGAGGCAGAGAAAUAUAUUGACUAAGAGAUAUUUGGAUGUAGACAGCAUUGACUACCAUUAUAAGAGAAACCUAUUCUACUACACUGGCUGGGGUGCUAUUUGGAGACUGCCAAUGGAGGACGCCGGACCAGAAGCUCAAGGCGAAGAGAUUGUGAGAUUCGAUUAUGGAGUAGGCACUCUGGCUGUUGACUGGGAGCACGAACGCAUCUACUGGACUAGUCCUUCCACAGGCUUCGUGUGGAGACUAGGCUUGGACGAAAACGAGGGAAACAGUGUAGUGGUGGUGGAAAACGCGGGAAACCUCACGAGACACAACAAUGUUGCGGUGGAUCCCUACAUGAGGUAUUUGUUCGUAGCUACCGAGUCAGGCCACUCCCUGAGGACGGACCUUGAUGGUGACAAUCGGAUGAGGCUGAACCAUGGGCUGAGACUUACCAGCCUCGCCUUAGACUUGCAGAACCGGAGGGUGUACACUUGUGGGUCCAAGGCGUUCGCCCCAGUCCUGCAGUCGUCCGACUACUGGGGCGAGAAUGUGAUGGACUAUGAGAUACAGCACGGAAGUGAUUGGUGGAUCCGUCUGAUCGGUUUGGACGUGUUUUCCACCGGACCCGACCAACCCCCACAGCUGUUCUGGGUCCACCAGGGAUGGAGUGACAAGGACACCGCCUGGAGGGUGAACACAACCAACGGUCAUCUAUCCUGGGAGCAGGAGUACGUCGCCAGCGGCACCGUGCUGGAUCCUGAGACGAGGAUCUGGUGUGUAAAAGUUUACCAUUCUGACGUACAAAGAAGACCCAAGUACCUAGACUUUGAGGAGGACCCAGUUCCUUCUUCGAGUGAAGCAAUGGCAAUAGCAAACUGGACUGUGAUAAAAUCUGAUGGCUCGUCUUAUAUUUUGACAAGCCAAUCUUGGCUUGGAUUCCUCUAUUUAGGAAUAGCUGUGGCUAUUCUACUUCGACCAAUGUAAAAAACAAACUAAUUAUGAAUACAAACAUUUUGUAAAUAAAAGCUGAGUUAAAAGAACUAAGUCAUCGUGUGUAGUCAUAAAAUAAUAAAAAAAUACAGCCACAAUAAGUGUAGUGCCGAACUUGAUUCAC